CGUGCUUGGGCACAUAGAUCACUUGUUAUCGGCGCCUGCAGCACAUUCUUCACGUUCUUGCGCAUUCCUUGCUCUAUACCCCCACCUCAACUAUCUUUGUAUACAGCUGUACAAUACUGUCAACUACAUGGGUCCAGAUCGCUCAAAGCACUGUAAUUUAUGUGACCAGGAUAUCAAGCCACGAGGAUGGACCACCCACCGAAAAUCUUGCGAGACGAAGGCAGCCAAAAGACAAUGGGAUCAGGUGAUUGUAGAUGCGAUUCGGAAGGAGAAAGCGUCGGAUUCGUCAUUGAGACUCGACAAACCUCAAUCAGCCAUUCAUAUCCCUGUAUCAGUUGAAAUGCAAAAUCACGCAGACUUCCUCGAUGUGGACUUCAGUCAUGAUGAUCCAGUGAUUGGUCCAGGCCCUUCUGCACUCAAGGAACCAGAAGUCGAGGCCACAGUCCCCACCUUCAAUCAAGAUGACAUCAAGAUCGAGUAUCAUCCGAGUAGUGGCAUCGAGGCCAAGGUAUACAGCUUCGAUAACUUUGAGCGUCGUGCUGCAGACUUCCUGGUCCCUCCACCUGAUGGCCAACCUUGGAGUCCAUUUAAAUCUUGGCUCGAGUUUGAAAUUGCCGAGAUCAUGCUCGAGGUCGGGUUCGACAAUCAACAAACCGAUCGUCUUAUCAAGCUAUGUCACCGCUGUGCUGUGGGGAAGGAGAAACUUACAUUCAAAAACUACAAGGAUAUCCACAACAUGUGGGAGGCUGCCUCGCAUCGCAUUACAAAGUUUACAAAGGAAGUGAUCUCGGUCCCGUUCACUGGAGAUGAGGAACUGCAGGAGUAUGACGUGCAUUACCGAGACCUUUGGGAGCUGGCUGCCGAUAUGCUUCGCAAUCCCCGGCUCUUUCCUCACUUCACGUUUGAUGCACACCGCCUCUCGAAGUUUGAUGGUAACACUUUUGUUUCUUUCGUCGAUGAGCCUUUCACUGCGCGAGAUAUCUGGGAUGUACAAUCGCAACUCCCACUGGGUGCGAAGCCGCUGGCAUAUAUACUGUACGUGGAUAAGACGAAACUCUCCUCCUUCGGUACAGCAAAAGGUUAUCCAGUCUACGCUCGUGGCGGGUAUGUUGUUGGAUGGUUACCAAUAGUUAAGGUCGAAAAAUUACACUCCAGAAAGCCCAGCUGGGUAGAUUUCAAAAAUACCGUCUGGCACAAGUCAUUUGCCAGAAUUAUCUCUUCGUUAGCCUCAAAAUCACAAACGGGGCAGUGGUUUGAAUGCCUAGAUGGUGUCAAGCGCUGGUUUUUUUCUCUAUCUGUCAUGUCGCUUACUCGAGGCAUAAUGAGUCUUUGGCCAUGCCCCGUUUGUCUAGUCCCUCGAGAUGACCUGUGGGAUACUUCAAAAUCAUAUCAAACCUUUGAAGAAAGAGAGGAACUCCUGAAAGAACAAGCACUUCAUUUAAUCAAUGUGAGCAAAUAUUUCUGCAUGUCACAUUCACCUGCAGUGCAUCGAGCAUUGUCACAUGACCGUUGUCACUUCAACCAUGGUGGACUCUGGUCGCGCCAUCUCUGGGUCGAGCUGCAGAAAUAUGUUGUAACUCUUGGAAGGGGAAAAGUAUCGCAAGUUGACAAUCAGCACCCAAACCAGGUCAUCGGCGUUACAUUUACAGACAGCUCUGUCCACGAAGAUAUUUCUAAGAUGAUCAUUUAUGCUACCCAUGAUGUCUUGACCGAGAAUGAUUCUCCACUUGGUUAUUUUCUCUUACGGUGUGUAUGCCUUUACCUCGAGAUGGACAUGUACGCUGCUCUGGAGGUUCACACAACCAAUACAAUCAAGGAGGGGAGACAUACUGUCCAAGCGUUCACAGCACUCAUGAAGGUAUGUAAAUUAAUUGGAACUUUCCUGAAACUGCACAUGGCGACACAUAUAUUCGACGACAUCGAGGCUAAAGGCGCCACGUGCAAUUACAACACCAAACCAUAUGAGCAAAUGCACAGGCCCUUGAAGGACUGGUACUUGAACCGGACAAACUUCAAAAACGUUGCGGAGCAGAUCCUUCGCAUCGACCACUGGAUACUUGUAGCUGAUGACAUUGAUCGUCGUAUUUUGGACUUUGAUGAAUAUUCGCAGCAGAAAUCAGACGGCGACUCGGAGGAUGACGAUUCGUUAGAUGACGAUGAAAAUACCGACAUCGGUGUGGAUAGUACUUUAGAUCCAUCACAACAUGUGAGAAUGGGAUCAAGACAAGCUGUGCAGACUUUCUGUUCCAUCGAGAAUGCGCAAAGCACCCGUGUCGAAUUCACUAACUUUCGCAUCAAGCUGAAUGCAUUCUUAAACAUCUUUCUACCCACCUGCAACAUUCCACUGCCAAAUGGAAGAAGAAUCCACUUACAAUCGGAUGAUACUGUUACCGAGUAUCAAUUCUUACGCGUCAACUACGAAUCCCUGGUAGACUGGAAACAGAAUACCGACUAUCUCCGGUGCAGCCCUCAGUUCUUCAACACGCCGCGUUAUGACUGUGUCUUCAUCCGGACACAGAAUGGCGUCAUCCUCGGAUGUUUAGUCUUCCUUUUUCAAUGCGCCAUUGGGAAUGGCUUAUUUCCCCUCGCUCUCAUCCACCCCUUUGAUGCUCCGACAGGGCCACGACUUCGACAGGACAAGCAGCUUAACCUUUUCAGAGUUCGUGCACAACCAUGCACAAAGGCCGAGUUCUUCUCAGUACAAUCAAUCAUUUGUGGGGCACUCCUAGUACAGGAUUCAGGUGGCAACCCCCUUGAUUACCUCGUUGUCGACACUGUUGACACAGACAUGUUUCUUCGUGUAAGGGAGAUGCAUCAGCAGGCAGGUCAUCCAGUGCGCAUCUGA